CUCUCUUCAUCUCCCGUCUACCCCUCUCUCUCCUCGCGGACCGGCCGCCACCGCAGAUCUGCGGAGACCACCCGCGACCGGACGCCGCCGCAGAUCUGCACCAGCUCCGGCGCCCUGGGCAUCGCUGGUCACGGCGCGGUGGCUCCGGCGUCGCGGUUCGGCAGCGCGGAGACCACCUGUGAUCGGACGCCACGGCAGAUCUGCGCCAGCUCCGGCGCCCUGGGCAUCGCGGUUCACGGCGCGACGGCCCGGGCGUCGCGGUCCGGCGGCGCGGAGACCACCCGCGGCCGGCGGCGCUCGAGGGCCUGACGACGCUGGAGCUCAUGGGCGCCGACCGCACGGGGCUCCUCUCCGAGGUCUUCGCCAUGCUAGACAACAUGGAGUGCAGCAUCAUGGAGGCCUGCGCGUGGACGCACCGCGGCUGCCUACCCUGCGUGGCGUUCCUCCGCGGCGAGGACCCGGACGCCGGUCGCGGGGCGCGCAUCCUCGCCCGCCUCGGCCACCUCGCCUACUUCUACAGCGCCCCGGCCAGCCCCACUCGCGGCGGCCCCAAGGACUUCGGCGCCGCCGCCGUCCUCCUCGACUUCGGCUUCUCGUCACCGUCGCCCUCCGCCGCCGCCAUGUCGUCCGCGGACGAGCUCUUCUGCAACGGCCAGAUCCGCCACAUCCGCCUCGCCGCCGCGCUGCUCCAGCCGCCGCAGCCCCAUGGGGAUGCCGCGGCGGCACCCGGCUCCGGCGCCGCGAAGGAGGACAAAUGCGGCGGCGGCGGCGGCAUCGGCGCCGCGCCCGACGAGCGCGACCGCGUCCGGGCCGCUCCGUGCGUCGGAAGGCUGGGCGGGCGCUGCAGCCGGGCGAGGCGGAUGCGGUGCUGGCUGGUGGGCGCCGGGCGGCGGACGCGGUGCUGGGCUGUGGGCGCCGGCGAGGCGGACGCGGUUCUGGGCGGCGCUGCAGCCGGGCGAGGCCGACGCUCAGGAGACUGGCCAUCGCCAGCGCCGACGAGGACCGCAACGACGCCGCGCCCUCGCCGCGCGGGCUCGACCCCGCGGUGCUCGCCGCGAUACCCGUGGUCGCGGUAGCCGAGGGCCCGGGCGCCGUCACGAGCGGGGACUGCGCGGUCUGCCUCGCCGAGCUCGAGCCCGGGGAGAAGGCCCGCGAGCUGCCGCGCUGCGGCCACCGCUUCCAUGUCGAGUGCAUCGACGCCUGGUUCCGCGGCGACGCCACGUGCCCGCUCUGCCGCGCGGACGCCGUCGUCGUCAACGCCGCGCCGUCCGCGCCCGCAAAAGAUGGGGCGCCGCCGGAGGUGCGCAUAGACGUAGCCGGAGACGCCGCGGGCCAUCAUUCCGUCGCGCCGCCGAUGACGGCGAGGCAGCCGAGCGGCACGGAUCUUGGCAAGGCGAGGCAGGUCUUCGCUUCCGCCCGCU